AUUAAUAAUAAUAAGCAUAUGCAUGAAAAGACAAAAGUAAAACUUAUGGAAAAGCCAGGAUAACGGGAUGAAUCACCACCAGGUCGAAUAUAAAUACAUAAUAAAAAAAAAACGAUGUUAAACCCAGGGUCGGAGAGAAAGGGAGAUCCCGGCCGUCUUUGUAUCCCCGCAGCGCGGGAUAGGAGUGUGUAUACGCUCGGGGAAACACCUCCACUUGAGUCAAGCACCACGAUGGGAAACGACAGACCUUAGGUUACAUACAGAAUCAUAACUGUGAAAUAGUAAGGGACAAAUGUUAACUUAAAACUUUUUAACCAUUUCUUUGUGCGCCGGGUCGGAGAGAGUGUUGCCCCUCCCUCCAGGUUGUGCAACACGAACAAAGACGCCUAUGAGACGAUUUGUAACGUCUGUGUUUUGGGUUCAUGAAGAAGGCCAGACAAGAGAUAAUAUUGCACCCAGACAGAGAGACGACUUCGAGGCAAUUUGUAACAUCUGAUUGUUUGCUCGUGGGUUUUAUGGAGGGAGUGUGACAACGGAAUAUACCGUGGGUGAUGCACGCAAGGACAUACGGACGUACGGACACACACAUGGACACACCUGCCUACGGACAGAUCCUGACACAGCAAAAAUCGAAAGAAGCCCCGCCUUGUGGGCGGGAUCCAGGGGGAUUUUUCGGCAUAAAGGAAAGGAUCCUGAGCAUUGGAAACUAGUGCGACCAGCGGGUCGACUCAGGAGCGAGCUCGACCGGGAGGGUCGGCUCAGGAGCGAGCUGCGACCAGCGGGUCGGCUCGACUCAUCUUCAGCUCGUCUGGGACUCAGCCGAGUUCGAUCGGCUUACCAAAGCCGGCUCUCGGGGCUCGACUCAAGCGGCUCCCCAUCUCCUCUGCAGGCGGGCAAGACCCGCUUGACAGCUCAACUCGGCCUGCGUGGGUCAACCUCUGCCGAGUCGGAGGUCUCUGCUGCCGCCGGAGUGGUGAGGGUCGCGGUUUGGCGACGAGGCUCCGUGCACACCCUGGUCGACGACCCAACACUGCACGCUGCGAGCGAGUUGUGGGCGCCACCUACCGACCGGGUUCCGAACUGCGACAGCGUAUCAACGGGCAUCCGAACCAGUUCACCACGGUGACAGGGGAGCGACUGAUACGGAAUGGCAGCCCUCCUGCUCACGCUCCUGCUAACGUACCUUGCCAAGCUAGAAGGGAGCCAAGAGCUGAUCAAGCCAGGACCAGAAUCCGGGGUGAUGCUGAGAGACUCCUCCAGCUUCCUAGUAACCGAAACGAAAAUAGUAACCCAACAAGUCUAUGUCUCCUUGGAACCUGCCUUGGUGGUAAAGAAGCACUUCGGGAAGUUACCACCCCAAGCCACCAAAGCAACCCGAAUAUGGUAUUAUGACUUCCUAAGAUAUAGUGAACAGAAUAUCGGAACGAUCCUGAAGCAAUUACAAAGAACCAUGAUACUUCCCCCCACCACUGUCAACCUAACACGUUCCAAGAGGUCUAUCGGCCUGGGAGGGGUCUUUGGAAUACUAUCCGGUUUUAGCUCCUUAAUCACACUAGGAGUAUCCAUAUCCAACGCCGUAAAGAUUGGACACCUCACGCAAGGUAUCGAGAAUUUACAGCUCGAUAUGCAUCAGAUCCAUCAGCAAAUACAACACCAACAAAAGAAUCUGGUCGAAAUGGGAUCCACCCUCCGAGACACCGUGGUUCUCGUAAACCUACAUUCUAUCAUGAUUAACUUAACAUUCCAAGAAUUGAGUUCUGCAAUCCGAGGUCUAUACGAAGAAGAGAGUAUUCGAGAGCCAAUUCAGUGGGUGAUCCAAGACUUGUUGCGUAGCAUCAGCGGCAGCAUCAGUGAUCUUAUACAAGGACAAAUUCCGUCAUAUCUGGUAACUCCAACACUGAUAAAAGAUGUGCUACAAGCAGCAUCCCCGGAAACAAUCAGUCCAACUCAAGUACAAAUUGCCUUCAACAUGGGUACAGCCACACCCAUACAUGUGGACCCCCAAACUAGACAGCUGGCAUUUUUGCUAAAUUUACCCCUGGUCAAACCCGGAAAUGUAUUUCGAUUGCGGACAGUAUUGAACGUGGGUACAUGGAAUAACGACAUUUACUCCAAGAUGGAAACUCCCUUAGUGGUGGCCUACCAGGAAGAAGGCCCCCUUAAGUACCUGGUGCCUGACCUAAACCUGUGUCAAAUAAUGAAAGAGGUUCAUUGGCUCUGCCCAGGGGAACCAUUUCUGACCAAUACAGCAGAAAUAAUGUGUGGUCUGUCAAACCUAAGCUCCAAGGAAACUUGCAAGUUUAAGCUAAGUAAACCCAAAGAAAGAACCGGAACAGUGGCCAUGAUAGCUAAUGCCCAGUGGUUGAUUAGCACCCCUCUAGACACGGCAAUUGUUUCCACCGAUCAACACUCCAUAACCAUGGAAGUUCCGAUUCCAAGCCACGUCGCACUGGUCACAAUACCAAGAGGAACAUUCGUACGCAUAGGGGACAAGGUAUUAUAUAACCUAGACAAAAGCCUACACCAAACGGAGAUCUGCUUCUGCGUCGAGAUCUGA